AAGUGUUCAAAAAGUCUUGAGAUGGUGGGUGGAGUUUUUUUUCAUGAAUAGGCAGUUUGAAAGUUCCUCAUUGAUUAGGGUAUAAAAAGGCUGGCUUGGAGGCAGCCAUGAUCUGCUGUCGAGAAUCACACUGAAAGAACGUCGGACGGCCCACCCCAGUCCUGUGAAGAAGCAAAAUGAAGGCUGCUUUUCUUCUUUGUCUGCUUUGCAGUUUGACACUCACCUUGGCAUUCGUCUGUGGACCUCUCCCAAAAGAGAAAUUUGAGACGUGUGACAGCAAAGGAUUGAGCAACUGCACCAAAAUCGGACACUCGUGUUACCAGUACUUCCGAGGGCCUCUGUCUUUUUAUUGUGCCAAUGAGUUUUGCAGAAAUCGAGGGUGUGGAGGACACCUGGCUUCAAUCCACAGUUCAAGGGAGAACAACUUGGUCUUUAAUCUUGUGCGGCAAGGGAGCCCCUCGAACCCAAGAGGCUGGAUCGGGGGGCUCAGGUUUCCCAAGACUAACCUCUUCAUAUGGUCUGAUGGGACAAAAUGGGAUUAUAAUUACUGGGCAGCACACCAGCCUGACAACUGGCACAGCAGCGAGGAUUGUGUUCAUUUCACCGAAAACAAUCCCUUGCAGUGGAACGACCUGAGCUGCUCUACUCCGCAGGGUUUCGUCUGCAAAUUUCACCAUCGAGGCUGAAGACAAGAGGGGCGACGGAGGAUGAUAACAGCGCUUUUACCGUUUCUGCUUGUUGGAAAUAAAUAAAUAAAUAGUCCUGCAGUGGUAGAAUAGGAGGAGUAAGAAUACACCACGUUAUCGAUGAGUCACGAUACUUUCUUUACAUGAUACAGUAGUGUGCACAUUUAUUAGGUAAGGCUCUGCGAAACCAUCGGUAAUGCUAAUCAGAAUGUGUGAAACCAGCCAUAAUGCAAUCAUAAUAUGUGAAACCAGCCCUAGAUUACAAUGUUUAAUUCAUAGCUUCAAGACACUCGAAACCACCAGUAGCUGAAAUAUUCGUCUGCUUGACUUAAAGGUUUUGCCCUGCAUUGUAAAAUCAGUUUCAUAAUCACUAGGCUAUUAACAACGACAUGGUGACUGCAGUCCAAGUUAUCAGCCUUAAAUGGCUGCAUGGCCUUACAAUGGAACGGAACUGAACUGAACAAAUCGGUACGAUUGGAUUUAGAUUCAUAUUUCAUUCAACCGUUAAACCCUGUUUUAUAUUAUAUUUCAUUAAUGCAAUCUGUCUUCAUUUACUCGAUUUUAUUUAUUAUAUAUAUUUUUUCUUUUACAAAUAUAAUAUAUACAGAAUAAUGCACGGGGUAGUGUGUGAUAUGAGAAUGCCCACCCGAGGGGCGGGAUGUUACAUUAACCCAGAGGGCGAAGGCCAUGGGGGCAUUCAAUUCUCAUUUAUCUCACACUACCCCAUGCAUUGUUUUUUAUAAUCUCUGCUGAGCAAUUUGUUUUCCCCAGGGUGUUGACUCGGCAGAACCCAGGUAUAUAUACGUAAUGCAGCAUCUAAAUUUUCAGAGGAUUUAUAAUGUUUUUUGUCUUAGCAUUCUGUAAUUCUGAUUGGUUCAGAAAAGCUAUAACAACAUUUAAAAAAAGCAAUCCAGUAUAUUAAAAAAUACUUUAUUGGUUAACCCCCCCCCCCCCCCCCCCCCCCGUCACAUUUCAGCUUGGAUGAAGGCAAUGCUAAGUUAAAACACUUUGUUUUUUUAAUGUUCUUUUUGUAUCCAAUAAAUUGUCAGUUGCGGGGGUUUCCUUUCCUUUCUUUCGAAGCGGCACGUUUCAGACCUGUGCACUGUAGCUAACCAUGUCAUGUACUCGUGUAUAUGUGUGUGUGUGUGUGUGUGUGUGUGUGUGAGGUUCUACACUGUAUCGCAGUUUGGACUUGCAAAGCCUAUUAUGCAAUAAAGCUUUUUAAAGCAUCUCAAA